AUGGCACACAACGAAGAGCCUCCCAGCACUGACCUUAUCACCCUCACUCGCUCAGUUCUUGCAGAGCAAUUCCGGUUGGGACCAGCUGCAACUGGAGACCUCACCUUGUUGCUCAAUGCAAUCCAGGUGACAUCCAAGUUCAUCGCCACGAAUGUGCGUAAAGCACGUUUGAUUAACUUAGUUGGUUUGGCGGGCGAGACUAACGUACAAGGAGAAGAGCAAAAGAAGCUUGAUGUACUUGCCGAUGAUAUUAUGGUUAAUGCCCUGCGCGCGUGCGGGAAAACUUCCGUCCUCGUUUCUGAAGAGCGAGACGAGGCUGUCAUCAUCGAAGAUAGAUUAAAGGGUAAAUAUUGCGUUGUAUUCGACCCGCUGGACGGUUCGUCGAACAUCGAUGCCGGUGUGAACAUUGGUACUAUCUUCGGUAUCUACAAAGUUCAAGAGGGAUCAAAAGGCACGAUCGACGAUGUUUUACGACCAGGCAGCGAAAUGGUUGCCGCUGGAUACACCAUGUAUGGUUCUUCUGCUAACUUGGUCCUUACUAUGGGCAACGGCGUCAACGGCUAUACCCUCGACAACGCUCUUGGAGAGUUCAUCCUGACCCAUCCUGAUAUCAAAAUCCCCCCACGAGGGAAAAUCUAUUCCUUCAACGAAGGUAACUCAAUGUACUUCCACCCGCCGGUACUCAAAUACCUCGAGUCAAUUAAAUAUCCCAAGAGUGGCAAGUCGCCUUAUUCUGCACGUUACAUAGGAUCUAUGGUUGCCGACGUCCACCGUACGCUGCUUUAUGGUGGUAUAUUUGGUUACCCUGAUGACAAAAAGAGCAAGAGCGGCAAGCUUCGUAUCUUGUACGAAGCCUUCCCGAUGGCCAUGCUCACUGAACAGGCUGGCGGGCUCGCGGUCACGGGUACGGGUAGAAUUUUGGAUAUCAAACCAACCAGCAUUCAUCAACGAUGCCCCGUAUUUUUGGGAAGCAAAGAGGAUGUAGAAGAUCUAGCGAAGUUUUAUAAGGAGGCUGCUGCUUCCGAGUGA